AUGUCCUCCGAGCUGCCAGACGACCGAACGGGACGCCCGCCGCCUCUGGUUUUACAUGGCGCCAAUUCGUCCGAUGACCACCGCGAGCCCACGAGGACGAAUAAUAACGAACCCGGAUUCUCGACCUACUGGCAUCCUUCAUAUAGCUCGUCUUCUCAUGAUAGUAUAAACUUCGAUUCGCAUAUAGAUCCUACGGCGCUGCAGGCAGCGCUUCCUCCUGAUAUUCCACCACCUCUCUCGCAAUCUCCACACUUCGCCCCAGAUUCCUAUCACCCAUUCGAUGGAGGCUCGCAGUAUAUCGAAGAAUCAGCAAAUCCAUACUACUCGGAUUCUGAUAGAGUUCCUCUUACAGCGGGAGUACAACCAAUAUCUGGCGCCCAUACAGGAGACGAUCACGGAAUCCAUGCUAGAGACAGUUUCCAGACUGUUCGCGAUGAUGAUAAUGCUCCAAUCCGAGACCAGGAGGGAAAGGGCCUUGGACAUGGUUCGAACUCGGGUUAUUUAUCCGCUGGUCAUCAAAGUUAUGGGUUAUCACUGGAUCCUGGGGAUUUUCGCUUAUCGCGGUCACCCUCUACUUCUGGAGCCUUUCAUCGUGCCGGAUCAAUUGUGAGGGCUAUGUCCCAGAGAGUUGUGAAUCUUAGCGGAGAAUCAGACAUCGCCGACCAGAGAUCUUCACGUUAUCGCUCCCGUUCUCGCGACUCGCUAAGUGAAAGACCAGCCAAUCCAGUAACAUCGACGUAUGGCACCGAAUCGUAUUAUGGCAGGCCAGCUUCUUCUCGAGAGGAAAAGGCUGGUCAGAAUCUUUUCUUGACUGCCGAUAUCCCAAGCCGUCCCAUCCGUUCAAAACCUCCUAAUCCUCUCAAAGGCAAAACACUGGGCAUAUUUUCGCCAGAGAGCCGAUUUAGAUUAUGGAUGUGUGAUAUCCUAGUCAAUCCAUAUACUGAGCCCUUCAUUUUAAUCCUUAUCAUUGCUCAAACGAUUCUACUUGCUAUAGAAUCCUGGCCAGACGUCUUUAGUCCUGGCAACGAGCGUUCAGAGCGAUGGGGUAAGAAGCCAAUAGAUUGGACUAUGCUUGGGCUCUUUAUUAUAUUCACACUAGAGAUUGGUGCCAGGAUUGUGGUUUCUGGGUUCAUAUUGAAUGCGGAGGAAUACAGUACUAUUGAUCGCAAAAAGGGUAUCAGGGCAGCAAUUGCGGAUCGAUACAAAACCAUUUUCCAGCCUCAGCGACAGAAAUCCGUGAAACGGGUUCGAUCAACCCAACCUCAGGCCCCUGCGUUCGCCCGAUCGUUUACAACCUUGAUGCAGGGUCCCCAGACUGGCCCAAAGACGAUUGAGGACCAGCAACGCCUCCAACUGGCACGCCGAGCCUUUUUGCGUCAUUCAUUCAACCGUAUGGAUUUUGUUGCUGUUGUUUCUUUCUGGAUUACCUUCGGAUUGAGUAUCACUGGAACCGAGAACCGACACCACUUUUUCCUCUUCAAAAUGCUUAGCUGCCUUCGCAUCUUGAGACUACUAGCUCUGACUCACGGUACCGCUAUUAUUCUGAGGAGUUUAAAGAAAGCAGCCCCUCUACUUGUGCGUGUAGCGUUUCUUAUCAGCUUCUUCUGGCUCCUCUUUGCCAUCAUCGGCAUACAGAGCUUUAAAUCAAGUCUCAGUCGACAAUGUGUCUGGUUGGAUCCGCUAGAUCCAACCAAUCUAACGGCCUCAUUCACCAAUAGCAUGCAGUUCUGCGGCGGCUACUUGGAUAAUGCGACAGGGGCCACGCGACCUUGGGUAAAAUUCAGUGCCCCUGGAUCGCUAGAAAACCUGGCCAGAGGAACUGCUGAAGGGAAAGGUUAUCUGUGCCCCAGAGGAUCGAUAUGUCUGCAGCAGGAUAAUCCUUACAAUGGAACAGUCAACUUUGACAAUAUCCUCCAUUCUCUUGAGUUGGUAUUCGUCCUCAUGAGUGCCAAUACCUUCUCUGACCUAAUGUACUACACCAUGGGCUCAGAUUACCCCCAAGCAGCCCUCUUUUUUGGUGCCGCAAUUAUGAUUAUGAUGCUGUGGUUGACCAACUUGCUGAUAGCUGUCAUUACUUCAUCCUUCCAGGUCAUUCGUGAAGAAAGCAAGUCAAGUGCUUUUACUGUUGAAGCCGAACCAUCUUCACAGUCGCACGCAGACGAGCGGAAACGGAAAACCUCGCCUGCACAGAAUAUAUACAGGAAAACUUCAUUUUUCUGGUUGGUUGUGGUUGCCUUCGCGUUGCUCAGUGAAGCUUGCCGUAGUGCAUCUAUGUCGCAUUCUCGAGGGAGAUUUAUCGAUGCAGCCGAGAUUGUUGCCACCAUACUUCUUGAUGUUGAAAUCAUUAUUCGAAUUGUGGCCUUCUGGCCCAGGUUCCAUCGAAGUUGGCAAAACUUAUUUGAUUUAGCUUUGGCAAUAAUCACUUCCGCGAUUCUCAUUCCGCCUAUUCACAAUACUCGGGUAUAUGCGUGGCUCACAGUCUUUCAAGUUAUUCGGGCGUAUCGAGUUGUCUUGGCAAUCCCUGUAACACGAAAGCUCAUCUUGCUAGUGCUGGGAAGCGCAGCGGGUAUUGGGAACCUUAUGCUGUUUGUGUUUCUGAUGACCUUCCUGGUAGCAAUCUUAGCUGCACAGCUCUUCAGGGGACAAAUACCCGUUUAUGACGACGACGGAAACCUGAUUCGCAUUUCAUUCAACACCAUAUUUAACUCCUUUCUCGGCAUGUAUCAAAUCCUCUCCAGUGAAAACUGGACGGCCAUUCUGUACUCCGUCACUGCUUAUACCACAGCAUCGAAAACGGCUUGGAUCGGCGCAGUAUUCUUAAUAGGCUGGUUCAUCUUAUCAUUCUUCAUCCUGAUCAACAUGUUUAUUGCUGUUAUCCAGGAAAAUUUUGACGUGUCGGAAGAUGAGAAGCGUCUAGAGCAAGUCAAGGCCUUUCUUCAGAGGAAGGAACUUGGGCGUACAGCCAAUAAUCUUACGCUGUCGACCAUCUUCAGCUUUGGAAAAUCUCGCCGCCGCAAGGAUCCCCUGGACUAUGGCCCAGGCAUGAUGGAGAUGCUUCUUAAGGAUACCGUGGUACAGGAAUUCUUAGAUGAUGAAGUGGCCGACCCUCUCCGUCUUAACCCAGAGCACAGAGGCCCACCGCAACGGAGCACGACAAGGCUGAUGGGAGAUGGCAAGCCAGGGUUUAUAAAGAAAAUAUGGUCCCGGAUUCAUAAGAGUGAACCCAACCCCUUUUACUCGAAUAUCCGCUUUGACGGUCCAAAUGGCACUUUGGACCCUCGACAGAUGGCUCGGCAGGCAGUAACAGCAACGUCUGCUCGCCGGAAAGCCCAGCGAGAUUAUCUUGCUCAGUACCCGCGAUACAAUACCUCAUUAUACAUUUUCCCUCCUACCAGUCGCAUCCGGCGAUUUUGCCAAAGCCUUGUUGGCCCAGCAAGAGGCCUCGAACGUUUUGACGGCGUCGAACCUAAUAAGAUAGCCUGGUACACGAUAUCAACUUUCAUCUACGCGUCAGUUUUUGCAAUGGUUGUUAUCGCGUGUGUUACAACACCGCUUUAUCAGAAGGAGUAUCGAGACCACCAUCCUGCGACUAUGACUCAAUGGUAUAUUUGGACAGAUAUGGCCUUUGCUGUCAUAUUUACAAUCGAAGCUGUGAUCAAGAUAAUUGCUGACGGCCUGUUAUGGACACCCAAUGCAUUCCUACGUAGCUCGUGGGGCAUCAUUGACGCAGUUGUGUUGAUUACCUUGUGGAUCAAUGUUGUAACGUUACUUAUUGAUGAUGGUGCAAUCUCGAGAGCAUUGGGUGCGUUCAAAGCGCUUCGUGCCCUUCGACUAUUAAACGUGAGCGACAGCGCGCGAGAUACGUUCCACUCACUAAUCAUCGUCGGGUGGUGGAAACUCUUAGGUGCCGCAUUCGUGUCCAUCUCCCUUUUAAUUCCAUUUGCUAUUUACGGAUUAAAUCUCUUCAAUGGGGAGCUAGUGUCUUGCAAUGACUCUGGCGACAUCUCUCUCCUUUCUCAAUGUUUCGGCGAAUUCAAUAGCACCCCUUAUUCUAGCGAUUGGCCAAUAUUGGCACCGAGAGUGGCAGCAAAUCCAUAUUUCAGCUUUGAUGAUUUUGGCUCGUCGCUCUUCACCUUGUUUCAGAUUGUCAGUCAAGAAGGAUGGGUGGAUGUCUCUUUUGCUGCUCAAGCAAUUGUUGGUCGCGGUAUGCAGCCACAAGAUGCAGCGAACCAGGGUAACGCCAUGUUUUUCGUUGUGUUCAACCUCUUGGCAACUGUCUUCAUUCUCACUCUGUUCAUUUCUGUCUUUAUGAGGAAUUAUACAGAGCAGACUGGCGUUGCAUAUCUUACAGCAGAGCAACGAUCAUGGCUUGAGUUGCGAAAGCUUCUGCGGCACAUCUCACCGUCCAAAAGCUCAUAUGACGAGUCGGAGAAUAAAUGGAAAAAAUGGUGUCACAAGAGAGCCAUUGAAAAAAGAGGCAAAUGGUACCAGGCGGUUACCGUGGUACUGGUCUUGCAUCUGGCUCUACUGGUUGCGGAAUUCAGCGACGAGCCAUCCUGGUGGACUACGACUCGUGAAUACGUAUUUUUACUCUUUAAUCUGAUAUACAUCAGCAACAUCACCAUUCGAAUUCUAGGCCUGGGUUGGACGCGUUUCCGACGAAGUUCUUGGGAUCUUUACUCUCUAGUGGCUGUAUCAGGUGCCUUUAUUGCUACACUGGCACUGCUGAUUGCAGACGCAAGAGCUGAUACAUAUGUGCAGCUGCAAAAGAUAUUUUUAGUGGCCAUCGUUCUCCUGGUGAUACCGCGGAAUGAUGCGCUGGAUCAACUGUUCAAGACGGCCGCGGCAAGUCUACCAGUGAUUGGCAACCUCCUGGCCACCUGGUUCGUGUUUUUCCUCGUCUUUGCCAUUGCAAUGACGCAGACCUUCAGCCUGACUCGCUUCGGCGACAAUGAGGGAAGCGACAUCAACUUUAGAACAGUUCCGAUGGCUUUGAUAUUCUUGUUUAGAAUGAGCUUGGGAGAGGGAUGGAAUCAAAUCAUGGAAGACUACGCGGGCAUCGAACCACCCCUCUGCGUCGAAGCUGACAGCUUUUUCGACAGCGACUGCGGCAGCAAGCCGUGGGCUAGGUUCUUAUUUAUAGCCUGGAACAUCGUCAGCAUGUACAUCUUUGUGAAUCUGUUUGUUUCGUUGAUUUUCGAGAGUUUCAGUUACGUCUACCAGCGUUCGUCUGGUAUGUCUGCAGUGGAUCGAGAUGAGAUUCGAAGAUUCAAGGAGGCCUGGCGGAGUGUAGAUCCGGCUGGAACUGGCUAUAUCACCAAGGAAGCCUUCCCACGUCUGCUUGGUGAAUUAUCUGGCGUAUUUCAAAUGCGGAUUUACGAAGCAGAGGAUUCUGUACGCCAAAUCCUAGAAGAUGUGCGCGAAGAUAUCAAAAUGUCUCGCCACACCUCGAUUGUUUCAGUGGCUGCGCUGAAUGACAUUGAUAUCAACAAGCUAAAUGAGAGGCUUAGCCAUUUGGAUGUCAAGAAGAUUCGCAAACGCCGUCAUCGAUUUAACAUUUUCUACGAGGAGGUUCUCGUAAGCGCCGAUCCCGAUAAGGGAAUCGCUUUCACUGAUGUUUUGAUGAUUCUUGCUCAUUACAAUAUCAUAAAUGAUAGCAAGAGCUUAAGGCGAGUCUAUACUGAUGUACUUGAGGAAUUUUUGCGGCGGCGAGCACGGCUACAACGUGUCGACGAAGGUAUACGACGACGGAUUGUACAGGGCUUCUUCGAUACACUAUAUUGGUCGCGCAAAUUUAAAGCACACAUGGAACGAAAACGAGCUUCCCGCAUGACAACAAUCCCGCAGCUCAGAAUCCCGGAUAUACUAGUUGAAGAUGACGAAGAUGACUCUCUCUCUGCACAGGCAGAAGCGAAGAUGUCCCAUCUCAGCCUAGGCGCUGACGAAGAUGGACACAGAAAGUCGGCCUGGCCUCCAGAGUCGAUUGCAGAUGGCGCCAUGCAAAGCCACCCCCUCGGCUUCCCUCGCUCAUCGCUCUCGGCAAACGAGGAGGCCGGAGGCAUUUCAGCAUUCAGCUUUGAGCUUGAGACGCCAGAUAUUCGGGAAUCGACAGUUGCGGAACUGGAACGCCCGGUAGACAAUAGCAAUCUGGACUCGGUCCAGGAUAUGCUGGACGGCUCGGUAUGGAUAGACAGUAUCCGACGGAGCGCGACUCUACGAACCACGGAUAGAAACUCAUACCGAUAUGAUGACUUGCCCUGA